AUGCCAUCUGAACAGCAAGGUCGAGCAAGUCUUCAAGUGGCUCCCCUUGACCUGACUAGGAGUUGCUCUGCUUCGGCAGUCAAUGGCCCGUAUCAGCUACACGCCAACUCUUCGCAAGCCUCACAAAUGACUCCUCCCGCCACUCCCAAUAGCUCUCAGGAGGACCUGUCGCCCGAAGCGCCUCCCAUCUUUCACAACUUCCUGCGCGCCUUUUAUCCCUUCCAACCUCGCAAUGCCGCCACAGAAUCCAGCGUCACUCUGCCUCUCGACCAAGGUGACGUGAUUUUGGUUCAUUCCAUCCAUACCAAUGGCUGGGCAGACGGUACACUGUUGGUCUCAGGCGCUCGCGGCUGGCUCCCCACCAACUAUUGCGAAGCCUACGAACCCGACGACAUGCGUGCCCUGCUCAAGUCUCUGCUCAACUUUUGGGAUUUAUUACGAAGCACCUCGGUCGAUGAUAGCGAACUCUUCAGAAAUCAAGAGUUUAUGAAGGGCAUCAUCGCUGGUGUCCGGUUCCUCUUGGAACGCACAAACUGCUUAAACAGAGAGUCGGUCAUUGUUCAACGCAACGAUUCUCUACGCAAAUGCCGAAAAUCUCUAUUGGCUGAGCUUUCUUUGCUCGUCAAGACGGCCAAGCGCCUGCAAGACUCUCAACGCCACAUCUCUCACCCCCCGGAGGACGUUAAUGAUGUCGUCGACGAAAUGAUCCUCAAGGCCUUUCGCAUUGUCAACAAGGGCGUCCGGUUUCUUGAUGUGCUUGAGGAAGACCGACGAGCCCGCGCCCCUGCCACCGUCACCGUCAUGGCUACAGUUCAGGAGGAAUCCUAUGUACCCCCGACACCACCAGCUGAGAGGGUCGCCUUUGAAGAGCACCGGGUAGACACUGCAUCCGAGGCUGGCUCACGAGCCCUCACAGACGACACGAGUGCCAGUGUAGUAACCUCGGAGCUGAGCGAGGCUGUCCAUCCCUCGCAAGCCCAAUGGAACAAGCGCUUGUCUUCUCUAAACCAAGCUCCUGCUACAGCCAACUGCAGAGCCUCUCAAGGCAGCAUCUCACAAAAUCGAUCAUCGGCAACAUUCACUCACCGCGUCUCCCUGGCUGGGCCCUCUCCCCAUUCACGCCCUGGCUACCUGAUUUCCGAACGUUUGAAUCGCAAGCAUGACAGGUUACUUUCUCAUCUCGGCUCCUUUAUUGGAAGACUGCACUGGCACUCACCUUCCCGCAUGGAGUUGUCAAGCUUUGUUGGCCAGUCGGCAAGCUCGGCUGGUGAGCUACUCAAUGUUGUUGAUGGCGUUCUGUCUCAUUGCAACGUGACUCCUACCGCUUUGCAACUCUCUCGAGCUGCUUUUCUCGACCGUUCACAUGGACUAGUUUUUUCGGCCAGGGACAUCCUGGUCCAAGCCGCAUCCCAGGACGCCGAUGUCAUCACUUCUCACGAUACUUCUAUUCUUCUUGGCACUGCUACAGACUGUGUCAAGGCGGCUGGUGAAUGUGUGGCCAAGGCCAAGGCCACCAUCGAGCGAAUCGGCGACUUUGAGUUUGACGUCGAAGGCAAUGCUCUCGAAAUUGAUUUAUCGAUUUUGCAAGUGGUUCCUCAUGAGCGCUCGCGAACACCUUCAGCAGCCGAACAAUGCCCUUCUGAGGCUGCUAGCGCUGCUGAUACUAUGCAAACCAACGAUUCUUACAUACCCGUUCGCCGCGAAUCUCUCGUGCCCCUGAACAACAUUCCACCCAGCAACCUCGCCACCUCUCACACCCCCGGCACCAAGAGCGCGUCCCCGACUUCUUCCCGACCCUCAUCUGCGAAAUCUGUCAGUGAAGCUGGAUCCAACUCGUCAGCUUUUUCCUCGCGCCCGAGCCUGCCCCCUCUGCCCAAGCUCACCACGACCCUGCUGCCUCCUGACACUUAUCACAACCCUGACAGUUCUGCGCGUGACAAUGACUACCAAUCCGCGCGAUUCGAUGCAGUUGCAGCUUCCAGUGCUGGGAGCAGCACCACUUACCUGAGCAGAGACUCUGAGGCCAGCAUUAUCUCCCAGACGUCAACGAGAGCUACAACUCCAGACCAAAGCUUAGCCCCUCGACCCAAGCCUUCCAUCUCUGACUUGAGCUCUGCCAGUAACACUGCCAUGGCUGACGAGACAGACGAUGUCGAGUCCCGACUUCUCGAAAAGACCUUCGCUCACGAAUUAAUGUUCAACAAAGAGGGACAGGUCACUGGCGGUUCUCUGCCGGCUCUGGUCGAGCGCCUCACGACCCACGAAUCUACUCCCGACGCCACCUUUGUGUCCACCUUCUUCCUCACUUUUCGUCUCUUCUGUACCCCGAUGAAGCUUACGAAAGCUCUGGUCGAGCGUUUCGAUUACGUAGCCGAUGCUCCCCAUAUGGCUGGACCCGUGCGCCUGAGAGUAUAUAAUGCUUUCAAGGGCUGGCUCGAGUCUCACUGGAGGGACUCGACUGAUCGCGAUGCGCUUAAGGUGAUUAUUCCAUUUGCUGAGGGCAAGCUCGGUGCAGUUCUCCCGUCUGCUGGACGAAGGCUACUGGAGCUGGCGAUGAAGGUCUCCGGCCAAGGGUCUCUCGUCCCACGCCUCGUAUCCUCCAUUGGCAAGACAAACACAGCCAUCGGGCAAUACAUUCCUGCCGAGACGCCGCUGCCACCUCCUGCCAUCUCCAGGCACCAGCACCAUCUUCUUAACGCUUUCAAGGCCGGCAAUGCUGCGCCGACUAUUCUCGACUUUGAGCCUCUCGAGCUGGCACGCCAGAUGACAUUGAAACAAAUGAACAUCUUCUGUGCCAUCAUGCCCGAAGAACUGCUAGGCUCUCAGUGGAUGAAGAAGGGUGGUGCAGAGGCCCCCAACGUCAAGGCCAUGUCUUCGCUUUCGACGGACCUGUCAAACUUGGUUGCUGAUACCAUUCUCGAACACGUCGAAAUCAAGAAGCGUGCUACCAUAAUCAAGCAAUGGAUCAAAGUUGCUCACCAGUGUCAGGAACUGCACAACUACGAUGGCUUGAUGGCGAUUAUCUGCAGCCUCAACAGCAGCACUAUAAGCCGCCUGCGGAAGACAUGGGAUGCCGUUUCGCCGAAGCGCAAGGACCUGCUCCGUACAUUGCAAGCCAUCGUUGAGCCCUCUCAAAAUAAUAAGGUGCUACGCACUAGACUUCACGAUCACGUUCCCCCUUGUUUGCCAUUCCUGGGCAUGUACCUAACUGAUCUCACCUUUGUGGACAUUGGCAACCCUGCUACCAAGCAAAUGUCUCUCGGUACUGAGGGCGCAGACGAUGGAACUGGAGGCUUGACGGUUGUGAACUUUGACAAGCAUACUCGCACGGCUAAGAUCAUUGGCGAGUUGCAACGUUUUCAAAUUCCGUAUCGUUUGACAGAGCUCCCGGACAUGCAAGAUUGGAUCACGUCCGAAAUUGGUCGCGUUCGCCAAAAUGACCAAGGUAAUGUCCAGGUCAGCUACUACCGCAAGAGCCUGCUUCUCGAGCCUCGCGAAGUGCGCCGGGAAGUUGAGCCACCGACACCCGUCGCCACCACCACUGGCGCUGUUCGAGGCGACCUCUUUGGCUGGAUGACCCGCGACCGACACCACCACAACACCACGUCUGCACAGGUAUAA